AUGAACGAAAAUUUAUUUGCCUCUUUCAUCACCCCUACAGUAAUAGGUUUACCAAUUGUCAUCACUAUUAUUAUAUUCCCAUCUAUUCUAUUUCCAUCAUCCGAACGCUUAAUCAGUAACCGUCUUCACUCAUUCCAGCACUGACUUAUUAAACUUAUUAUUAAACAAAUAAUAUUAAUUCACACCCCAAAAGGACGGACAUGAGCACUUAUAAUCGUUUCAUUAAUUAUAUUUAUCGGAUCUACAAACCUAUUAGGCCUCCUACCUCACACAUUCACACCCACAACACAACUGUCUAUAAACCUAAGCAUAGCAAUUCCAUUAUGAGCCGGAGCAGUGAUCUUAGGUUUUCGACACAAACUAAAAAGCUCACUAGCCCACUUUCUCCCUCAAGGAACCCCAAUUUCACUAAUCCCUAUACUGAUUAUUAUCGAAACAAUCAGUCUCUUUAUUCAACCAAUAGCCUUAGCAGUACGACUAACAGCAAACAUCACUGCAGGCCACCUCCUAAUACAUUUAAUUGGAGGAGCUACCCUAGUAUUAAUAAACAUUAGCCCACCCACCGCUACAAUCACAUUUAUCAUUCUACUCCUUCUCACAGUACUAGAAUUUGCCGUAGCAUUAAUUCAAGCUUACGUAUUUACACUGCUUGUAAGCCUUUACUUACACGAUAACACAUAA